UCUGUGCCCAAACCUCCCAACCCUACUUCCCUCCUAGUAUUCUUGUAAUCUUCUUAGUUCAGUUCAGUUGUUCAUAAGUCAGUCGAAAAGCUUCUGCCUGAGUAGUAUCUGUGUCGGUUCACUAAAUUUUUCUUGCAAAAGCUAAUUCCCGGGCUCUGCAUUUUGUUCUUGAAGUUUUUAAAAGUUGUAAAACUCUACAAUCUUUUACCUUACUUGGUUUUGAAGUGGUGUUUGUGGUUUUCAACACACAUGUGCUCUGUUUUUCCAUUCCCAAACAUUAGUGUGUGAUAUUAGCCUUAUGCUUGGUCUAACCUUAAAACAACAUUAAUCUGUUUAGAUAGAUGCCAUCCGUAGAAACCGGAACAUCUUCCCAGGACUCUUUAUUAUUGUAAGCCUAUUAUCAUUCCUGAAUAAUUUGGUAAAUUCAAUCAUGUAUCCAAACGUUUUCGUCUAUCCCAUCUAAACAUGGCUACUGCUUCUUGCAAUCCUGAUGUUGAUGCGAAUUUGCAGUUGAACUGGAUUGAUUUUUGUGAUAAGCACGCAAAAAGUGCCGCAUCGGAAUUUGCAAAAGCUUUCUGUACCUACGUGAAUCUUAACUUACCUGAAAACGCUCGACCUACGACAUCCUACAAAGACUUUGCAUCCAAGUAUUUGGAUAGUUUCGAGCACCACUUUGACGUUGAAGUCAAUAGAAAAUCUGUCAAAGAAAUGAUUCCAAACGGUACUGCCACUGCUGGAUCAUCUUCAGGCAACCUUAGAACUAAUAGUCAUGAUGAGUUCAGCGAUUACUCAGAACAUGAAGCUGAAUUACCCUCGCCCAAAGUUCACCAAAAAACAUUUUUUAGAAGACUGUCUUUUAAAGGAUUGCGUAGAGGUAAAUUGUUUCAAAAACAACAGUCUGAUGAAUUGGAGCUGAAUAACAUCCCUCCAAAAAACAAUGAUAAACAUAGUAAACAAUCCAAAACAAAAUUGGCAAAAAUUGUAGUCGAGUGUCGAAAAGAAGGAAUUGUGAAUUAUUUAGUCGGUGAAAAUCCGGAUGGCACCCACAAGUGGGAGAAAUGCAGAUUAGCUUUGAUAAAAACAGUUGGUGGCUACAUGCUAGAAUUCUACUCCCCACCGAAGGCUGAUAAACCAAAGAGUGGAGUUUUCUGUUUCCUAAUAACUGAGGCGAGAGAGACAACCGCACUAGAGAUGCCCGAUCACGAAAAUACGUUCGUGUUGAAGGCUGAAAAUAAUACGGAAUAUGUAAUAGAGGCUCACGACACGUAUGAUAUGAGAUCAUGGUUGGCAACUGUGAAAUACUGCAUGAGAUCAACACAUCAAACACUGCAUCAAGAUAAUGCCGAUACGAGGAGUCUUCUUGGAACGGUGAGCGAAGGUUCGGAGAGGUUGAGAGGAGCUUCGAAGAGUGAGAUGGAAGGUGGCGAGCAUCCGCCUGAACUUCCACCUCGGCUGCUACCAGGAUCGAUCAGUCGCGCUGAUCGAUUGUCGAGUAACAGCAACUUUGAAUUGUGUUCAUCGCACACCGACAUUGAGCAGUUGGUUUCGGAGUCAGACGUGGACUUGUCAUUGAUGCUUCAAGACUUCCCGUGGUUCCACGGCACCCUGGCUCGCUCGGAUGCUGCGACUCUUGUGUUGCACGGUGGCUCAGUGGGACAUGGUAUAUUUCUGGUUCGUCAAAGUGAGACUAGAAAAGGCGAGUUUGUUCUCACGUUUAAUUUUCAUGGCCGUGCCAAGCACCUCCGCAUGACCUUGAGCGAACAAGGUCAGUGUAGAGUUCAACAUCUGUGGUUCCCAACCAUUUUUGACAUGCUUGAACACUUCCGGCUACAUCCGAUCCCGCUUGAGUCGGGCGGUACAGCUGAUGUAACACUAACCGAAUAUGUUUUGACACCCGCCGUGGUGGCUCGUCAAAACCAAAACUCGCCCACUCAUUCUGUGGACACUGUCUCUACAACCACUGCCACCUUCAACUCUGGGGAUGCCCCUCUAACCGCUCCGAUAACAGCCGUUCUCGAAAGACAACCUCCUGCACUGCCAGAGCCGCGCGAGGUUUGAAAUAAUAGCGAAAUUUCAAUCACAACGACAAAAGAAUGGUUAGUGUGCUUCUUCUUGAGGAUUUUUUAAAUGUGACGACGGUAAAUGGAUCUGUUAGGACAAGAACCGAAUCGAUGGAGCAAAUUGCUGAACAACCUUCGAAUCAAAAUCAGCCUGAAACGCAAGCACUCCCCGCCCCCAAUGGGGCGGCUGCCAAUCUUAGUGCAGCUUCAGGUAAUAGAGCUGUAGAAAACGCCUACAGCUUUGUUUAAUGCAUCUGCUGAUGCUAGUUCAAAUUAAAGUCGAAUAGGUAGUUGAAAUGUAUCAGAUAAGCAAUAUUUAUAAUAGCUUCGCUUUAAACUCAAUUUUAAUUCGAAAUAGAUUUUUCUUAUGGGAUUCAUUUGAAAAAUAUCAUUAGAUUGUAUAUAAAUAAUUAUAACGACAAAACCUUGAGGUGUUAUAAAGAGAUACUUGAUAAUAAUGAUGUAAAUGUUUUGAAGAAACGGAUUCAAUGAUCCAAAGGUUCAAAGAACCUCACACGUCGACCGAAUCUUAUUAUGUGUCCCAAGUACGUUAGUUGAGCAACUAACCAAUACAUGUGUCCUUUACAAGAUCCAAGAGUUUUUUCCCUAUACUAAUAAUCCUAUUCACCACCUGGUUGCUUGCAGCCAAACUGAGCCCUUCUCCUUGCCCCUGCCCCUAGUCUCUCACAAUCCAGUAUGAUAUGCUUGGCAGUCUCUUCAGACUGAUUACAAAGCCUACAUAUAUGAGUCCUUUCAUUUCUGAGUCCAAUUGUGUGGAGAUGUUUUCUGAAGUGGCCAUGCCCGCCCAGUCAUCAGAGCAAAUCAACUGCUUGACCUGACCUCUACCCAGCCUCACCAUCAUGUAAAAGUGUGUUAAUAUAUAUUUUUAUUUUGUUUAACACAUUCAUCAUUGUCUAGUCGAACAGAUUUUUCUAUAUUAUAAAAAACGAGUUAUUUCGACUUGCCAGGAGAAUCGUUUAUCAAUUAAUACUGAUAUUAACAAAGAGAUUCAACAAGAAAACUAUAUCUUGAAUACUACACACCGAUCUUUACAAGGCAUUAUAUUAUGGUUCCCUAAUUUUUAAUCGUAUCUUCACAGUGUUCAUUGUUCCUUUUCAUAUUUGGAGACAGCUAUUCCAUUACUGUAUUAUUCUUGUUAUUUUAUCUUGCAAGCUCACAUAGCCUAGACGGUGUUGAUUCUUAUUGUUGAUCGAUAGGACAAACGGGCUAGUCAAACAACGUUCAAGAAUGGUCGGUGCAUUAUCAUAUUCCUUUUUUAUCAAAAUAAAGUACAGAAAAUUACUGAUACUUGAAGAUGGUGGGCAUUUGGUAUAUCUGAAAAGUGUGGGUUCCCUUUGUACAUAUUUGAAUCAGCCGGUCUGAUAUAAUUAUGUGCACGUUUUGUAACAAUGUAUAUUGCGUUAUUGCAUUGUUCAAAAAUUAUUGGCUUGAAGUUUUAUUAAAUAAAUUUUGAUACAAAAAUUUAUCGGUGGUAUUGAACGAAAUUCGUAUUUUGAUUAAAGUAUUAAAUUAACUUGUUUGCUUAACAGGAACCUCAUAACAUCAUUCAAGGGGGAAUAGGAAUAAAUUAACAGUAAAUUUUUAUAUUAAUAUGAUGAAAAUAAUAAAUAAUAUAAUAACAUUUUAAAAGUGACACUAAUAAUUUUUGUAACUAUUAACAAUUUUACAAUUUAAAAUAAUUUAUAAAAUCUGUGAUGAAAUAUAGAAUAAGAAAAGUACUUGAUACAUCAGAACUCAUACUAUUCUUCGUAGUAAUCCUUGAUACUCGACAACUAAGGUUUGUUAUCGAGCUCAGCUUGUGACAACUCUGCCAAUUUCCAUCUCUUUUGGUCUACUCUGAGGACAAACGGAGUGAGCAUAGGUAGAUAGAAGUUUCGUCUAUUCUACCUCAAUGCUUCAAAUAGUUUUGCUGGACCUGUUGAGACCUGCCCAAGACCUGUUGAUCUUGAAUUGUGUAAUGGACGAUUUACGCAUUUUGAAAAUGCUGGCUAAAUUUGAAAUUCAAGGUUAUCUGGUUUACUGUUGUCACAUCUUUCAACUGCUUUUUCUGAAACAUUAUCUUCUUCUUAUAUUUUAUCUUCUUCCAGUUUCAGUAAAUGAUUAAUUCAAUUUUCUUGCGUUUUUGUGGUUUUUAAAUGGCUGUCUUUUAGAUGCCAUACCACAUAAAGUUUUUGAUCAUUGACAUUAAUUGAUCAAACUCCAUCCUCAUCCUGCCUUUAUUAUCUUCAUUUCUUAACUUAUACCAUUUUUCUCAAUUUAGAUGCAUUGGCCUUCCAACAAUUGGCCUCCCGCCACGACGUUGCUUAACUUCAAGAUGAUAUUUGAUUUCUCAAUCCAUGUUUUUGUCUGUAUAACAAGGGUUAUCAAGACUGAGUGGAAAAGAUUAUUUGUUUCUGCUAGAGGGUAUUUAAUUGAACCAAAUUACAGCGACUGCGAUGUAAGAGUCACACUAUUACAAAUAAGUGUUCUCUUUUCUAAAUAAUUGUCAUUUAACACUUUUUGCGUCAUCGUGAGUCAUCUCUCAAAAACAUCAAUCAAUAUUUUCAAAACACGCCUUACCGUACCUUCUUCAAGGUGUUCUUGAGCAAAGUGAGAGGUGGCAUGAGCAAGGACUCUUCCCUUUGGCAAGUUUUUUUUUAGAAAUAACUGGUCCAGUUUAUCCUCUUUAGCGAAUUUUCCAAAAUCACUCAACCACUUGUGUUUGUCGUGACUCUUUAAAAACUUGAAUAAAAUCGGGAAAAUAAUUUGUUUGACAUGUUGUUUCUCAUCAACAGACUACCCCAUUUUCAACAACAGAGUUCCAAUGUGCCCAGUACCUCUUCUAGGAUGGACUCCUGCUACUGACCGUCUCCAUCCUGGCCUUGUUCCAGAUUCCUUUGUUGAAUAAGAGGUCCAAUAUCUGGUCGAUAUUCCCUGGUCCAAUAUCCCUUUUCUCCCUGGUUCAAUUUCUUCCCUUAUCGAUAUUCUGCAUGUUGAACUCUGAAGCACUUUAUCUUUUUGCUCUCAGAGUUAUUCAACACCACUGUCCCUUGCUGAAGUUGUAUGUAUUGUCCCAGAUCGACUCUAGCAUCAUGUGCUCGAAGUAUACAGUCCCAGGAUGAAGUCAUCGCAAAUCGCAGCUACAUACCCAGGCUUUCAGUCUCACUUCCCCAGGAUUAGCUGAAUCAAGGCUUCCUCGAUACAGGCAACUCCUCCCCAGAUGCUGUCAUGAUUUUGUAGUCCCAGAUAGGUGUGCGUCAUCUGCAGACCUCUGUCCUCAGCUUGUCAGGCCUGACAAUGGAGACUAUAAUAAGAAUACUAUAACAUUUAAUACAAUUAAAAGUUCUAAGAAUUGAAUUUCUUAAUAGGUAUAGAUAAUUCAAUGAAUAAAUAUACAUCCCACUAUAAAUUAUAUGUGUUGGACUGAUGCUCCUGUGUCAAUGGUCCCUCAAUGCAGCCAUAAGGCUGUCAGCUCCUUGCCGAAUAGUUGAGAUUCUCAGUAAAGCUUCUGGAGUUGAUGUACUUUUCACUGGGAUUGCAAAACGAU